AUGGCGCCUGCUCCCUCGUCUUCUUCCGCCUCGCCUGACCAGUCACCGCCCCCGCUCGCCGACUACUUCUUCAUCUCCGGCAUCGAGUCAUCGCAGGUUUACGAUGAGCGCACCCAGAAUAAUGUCAUAGUCACUUCCCCACUAGCCCAGCCGCCCGUCGAUGAGACAAUCGAAGAGGACCGCGCCCUCGAGACGGAUGCCAUACGCCCAACCUCACAGGACGGCCUGUCCCAUCGCGAUAGGGGGCGGUCAAGGUCGCGGUCACGCUCUGCAAAUCGCCUCAGCGAAAACCGCCAGUCAGUCAGCACAAUCAUUGGACCAGACGCAAAGCCGACGGCGAGCAACCGGAGCAGCGCCACCAUCAAGGGCGUGCAGCUUGGCGGCUCUGGUCUAAGCGACCAGGAAUUCGACAUUGCCCUUCGCAAAUUUGCAUCUGAGCGAGAUUCAUUUCUCGAGGAGAUACAGUUCACUGCUGGUGUGGCACAACAGUCUCGCUCAACCCCCACUAGGCCGCGCCCGCGACCUCAGCGCGUUUCACAAGCCAACCCCGAAGAUGGUGUCGGUAAUCUUCGUUCCGGGGUUGGCAGCAUCCGACGGCGCAUAUCCACUAUGCAAAGCAGCCUGAAGAGACAGCCGUCGACUGCAAGACAAGCUUCGAUCCGAACCUCCAAACGCAUGUCCGGGUACAAUUCGGUAAUACCGGCACCACAGCCUUUCGCGCCAGACCCGGAUAUGCAUCCUCUUCUCCGUCGCUACGAGCCAGUCCUACUGGAUCGUUAUCCGCCAAGGAACAUGGUCGAGGAACUCAAGAGGCGCAACCCCUUUCCGGAUUAUGUACCUAUGUUUGCUUUUCCAAAUGAUGUUAGUGUCGUCUCCUCGGACGAGAGACCAAAGAGCCAAUGGCAUGGAUUUGCCAUGACCAACGGGGAUGGAUCAAAGCUUUACGGCAUUUGCCUUAUUGUCUGGUUGCCCUUGAAUGCCACAGCUGCUGAAGGCCUUGAGCGUCAAUGCGAAGAAUGGCGAAACCUGCACAUGAAUCCUGAAGAACGGGAACUGGCGAGCAGCCUGGGCGAGCGUCUUGCACUAGAGCGUGCCAAGUUGUCUCAGCUCCUAACCAAGCUCCCCUCGGUAGCUCCCGAUUCUGAAGAACGCGAGAAUCUCGACGAUGAGAUUGGGGCAGUGGAAGAAAAAAUUCAGCUCAUGACGGACCUGCUCCGUCCGGUACGACAUGGUGCAGCCUCCAAGAUUGAGGGUCUCACGGAUGGAGAGACUGGCCUGUGGAUCCCACGCGCCUAUGGUGUAUUGGGACGAGACGCGAGCCUCACGCCAUUCUGGAAAGAGUGGUUAAAGGCAGUCACCGUACCUAUGACUACUGGUGCUGUUCUUCGUGUGCCACCAAGCUCACCGCGAGUAGGCAUGUGGCAACCGCUCGAACGGUACGUGGUCAAUCUAUGUGCAGAGGCACUUAGCCCGAUUACCUCUGUUACACAGGUCGAAUUAGCUGUUCGGGAGCUUCGAAUGUAUGCUCGGAAAGAAGCCGUCAACGAGUUGCCGGGAUCGCGCAACAUUGACAUUUACGCCCUCUUCCGCUGCAUGUCUAUCCCAAACAUCAUCACUCUGUUCGAAUUCGUUCUCUCUGAGGCUAGGAUCAUCCUUCUCUCUUCUCACACCGCCAUGCUCCAUCUUGCAAGCAUGGCAAUCACCAACCUACUGUAUCCAUUCCAAUGGACCGGCGUCUUCAUCCCCGUUCUGCCGUCUCGUCUCGUCCAGACUAUCGAGGCGCCUUGUCCUUACAUUGUUGGAAUCGAACGUCGUUACGAGCCCGCUGAUUACCCAGAAGACGAUUAUGUAUUGGUUGAUUUAGAUGCCGACUCGAUAGUAUCCAAUGGGCCUCCGCCGCCAGCACUUCCUCGCCAACAGCGACGCAAGCUCAUGUCCUUGCUCCAGCAGUCCGCCCCGCAUCAUACGCAAUACGGCGUGCCCACUGGCCCACCUGCGUAUGCGAUCGAAGCAUUCCCAUUCGACACAUUCGCAUCUGAAAACCCUGGGGUUUUUUCGCAUAGGGCACAGCCAUUGACGAUACAGAAUUACGUUGGGUUGAACUCGACCUCAUUCGGCACAGUUCUUGGGCCACCUAGCUCCAAGCUCCUAAUCUACAACGCCUUUUUACAAUCAAGUGCUUUGAGUCGCGGAAACGACAGGCCAUCAACAGCAACAACCAUAAAGUCACACCACUCUCCACCUUCACCCAAGGUCUCUCCUGUUUCUACGGUAUUUCCGCCCAUGCCAGGCACGCCUAUAUCGCGCAGCGAUUCUGGGUAUGCUCUUCAGGCUAACCUUCGGGAGAAGAGAUCCGCGCAUUUCGACUCCUCAAGUCGGCGAAGUUCAUCAUUUGGCUUUGAGCGUGUGCCGCCACUUCGGCGCCCUUCUCAGCCGUUCACCGGCCAUACUCCCAGUGCAUCCACGUCAUCCCUGAGUCAAGAAUACAAAGCGGCUGGCUCUUCGUAUGCGCCGUCAGUGUAUGCCCAGUCAACGCUAGCUGCAUCAACCAUCAUGCCUGGUAUGGCAGUGCAGCAGGUUCGCAAUACCUCAACCACGCAAUGGCAGGAGGGACAUUGUUUGCAGUGGAGACCCAACGAAGAUCGUGCUGUUUGUUCCAUCUGCGAAGAAAAAUCAGACGAUGGUCUAUAUCGCUGUUCUGGUUGCAGCACGUAUGCCCAUAACCGAUGUGUGGAAUCUAUCUGCAUCGUAUGUCCUACGGCGUUUCGUCCAGAUCAGGUCCGAGCAUCGUUUGUACGAUGCUUCGCCAGCCUAUUUUACACUUAUCGACGUUACCUGGUUCCGGCUACCGGAGAGCGUAAGAAAUCUGGCAUGCAUUAUGAAUUCAAAAUGGAUGAGUUCGUAAAGAGCUUGCCAGUGGAAAACGUGCAGUACAUUACUGCACUCCAGCAAACACAAGCUUUCAACGAAUUCAUCCAUGAGCGCGAGAGCAAAUCAGCUGAUGACCCUACCAUCAAACUCUUCGAUGAGGUUAUUCUAGCGAAGCGCAACCGCGGAAAAUCGUCGUUCUUCUACAAAUCGAAGGUGGACUUUUUGUCAGAUACAACAAACCACCUUUGGCAUACUGCCUCGGCAACACCGCCAAAUUCCCGCUUUCCAGGCGAUUAUCGUUCUGUCGUCAGUCGGAUCCCUGCAAAACUUGAUCCCACGCUGAUGAAAGAACCGCGCGUCAUCCAAGGCGUACCUCGCAUACCUCAGGCCAAAGCUCGUCGCAAGCCUAUACCAUCUAUGCUUGGACCAGGCAGCAAUGAUCCUCCACAGAUACAUAUCUCAUGA